AUACGAAUUACAUAAAUAAUACGCGAAUAACGAUUCAUUUCUAUCUGUAAUAUUAAAAUCCUUCAUUAAUUUUGAUAUUUAUCGAAAUAAGUUGUGCAUUCAAUUUUGACAUUUAUCAAAACAACUUUUACAUCUAGGAUUAAUCGCUGAAAAAAAACCGCCUUGUUAGGACCGCAUUAAUGGUGAUGUCCAACGUUGAAAUUCUAGGUUUUAGCAUUGAUAACGGAGUACAUAAUGCUCAUGCGCUGACUAUGCAGUUGUUACAUCUCAUAUCUUGUUUACUUUCAUUAUUGAAAAGUUACGAGCGCAUUAAACGCCGCAGUGUCGGGAAAACGUUUUUUCGACAUAAUGAAGAGGAAACAUCCUUGUGUUGACUGAUAAACAUUGUCAGCUGUUGAUAAAAUGCACAAUAGAUAAAUUAAUGCACAAUAGAUAAAUUAAGGAGAGAGAGAGAGAGAGAGAGAAAUAAUAAGCUGUUAUUGCUUUUAAUAACAACAUAAAGAACAACAGAACACUGCAAAAAUAUAUUAACAACAAACAAAUGUCAACCGGUUUUAGGACGUGCAGUCGUCUACCUGCACCCCGAAAUCACAUUUAGUUUUUCACCACCGUGCGAGACAUGUUAUUCGAGCUGAUCGUGAUUUGCACUCUUGGUGCCGUCAUCUAUUGCGUGCCUCGCAGGAAAUGGCAUUACAUUGGUAUAACCUUGCUCUACAUGAUCAAAUACCACAUCCUCGGUACACUGUCGGUCAUGGACGACCUGUGGAACGUCAGACGCAAUAAGAUCGAUUUGACUCUGAUGCCGGCUAAAGUUGCGAUCGUAACUGGCGGUUCCAGAGGAAUAGGAGCUAUGGUCGUCAAGAAACUUUUACAGUGCGACAUGGAAGUUAUAAUCGCUUGCAGGACGAUCGUUGCCGGCCAAAAGACUGUUCUUCAAAUUAGGAAGUCGGGUGUGACCAAUGGACGAGCGAAAGUCUACGAGCUUGAUAAUUCUUCUCUCGAGUCGGUAAAAGAAUUCGCGAAGAGAAUAAAGAAGGAGUAUGACAAAGUUCACAUAUUAAUUAACAAUGCCGGUAUUAUGUUUACUCCGUAUCAACAAACUAAAAAUGGAUUUGAAGAACAAUGGGCUGUAAAUUAUCUGUCACACUUCUUAUUGACAUCACUUCUAUUACCGUUACUGAAAAACGCUGGGCAACUCGAUGACUGUAGUAGAAUAAUCAAUGUUACUUCUUGCGCUUAUAGGCUUGCAAGCGCAAACUUCGACAUCAAUUGCAAGGACUACUUCGUGACGCAAGCAGCAUAUGCACAAAGUAAAUUAGCACAGGUAAUAUUUACGAUCGUACUGCAAAAGCUUUUAGUAGACAGAUCGUUGAAUGUACGAGUGUAUUCUGUACAUCCUGGCAUCGUGAAAACGGGUAUAUUCAGCAACACCUUUUGGAACAAAACUAAACUGAUGAUGAUUGCAUUUAAGACACCUGAACAAGGAGCUAUUCCAAUAGUAUAUGCAGCAGUAAAUAAAGACAUUGGAAUAAAAGGUGGUUUAUACAUUAGUAAUUGUAGGGAACACUCUGUACUUCCGAUGGCACUGGAGUCUAAGAUACAAAAACAAUUGUUUGAUUUAUCUUUGAAACAAGCACAAUUAAAUGAUUUUUUCCAAUAUAUAUAAUAUAUGUAUGUAUAUAAUAUAUAUAUGUACG